AUGGGCCGGGUUCGGUUCAAAUCAACGACCCCCAUACAGAAGGAUGAUUUGGAGCCGUGGUGGAUGAAAUACAGACCUCGAAGCUUGGACGAGGCUGCUAUGCACAAGUCCAAGAUUCGGGAGAUUCAGGAGGCACUGGAAAGCCAAAGUCGAAUGGUGAUUGUUGGUGGGCCCACAGGGGCGAGCAAAUCGACCGUAGUUCGGUUAAUUUUAGAGGACCUGGACCGGAAAAUACUCGAAUGGCAUGCACCAGAAACCAGUGUCGGAGAUACGUCUCUUAUAGACUCGUUUGGCGACUUUUUGGUGGGCGCUGCUCUGCAUGGGCCCUCCGCCGUAGUGUUUGUCGACGAGCUGCCCAACCUUCUUCACGAAACGACGUUUUUUGGAUUCCAGAAAGCGAUUGAGUAUUAUUUAUCGGCCAAAGACGUCCCGCAGUUGAUAGUGUCUUUUACAGAGACGGAGAUUUCUGCAGACUACCGAGAGCAUAUUGUCGUGACUCGGGUGUUUGCCCCGUUCUUAGAUCGGUCAGACGUGUGCCACAUCAAAGUGAAUGCAGUGAAUGCGACACUCAUGAAAAAAGUCCUGAACCAUGUUGCUUCUGAGGAGGUGCCUAAACGAACACCUGCUGUGUCGGGGGCCAUCCAGGCCCUAGCGACCACUGGCGAUAUUCGGUCCGCUCUGAUCCAGUUCGAAUUGUGGCUCAGGGGAAAUGCGGCCAGCUUACCUGGAGCCCGAGAUUCAACCACCGGGUUUUUCCACAGUAUUGCCAAAAUUAUUUAUGGAACACAGAGCACGAUUGAAGCGGUGGUAGAGGCCCACAGUGAAGACAUGGGCUCGUUCAAUCUGACUCUAUUGGAAAACUAUACCAAAGCCCAUCAUCAAAGACUCACACUAGAAGCUGCUACAUUGUGCUCUGAGUGGCAGAGUGUGGCUGAUCUCUCGCAAGAGCUUCAACCUUUGGCAAUUUACGGAGUGGCCAAUGUAGUUGCUGAGACCGAGCCUGAUCCAGCGCUUUCAAAGUCUUUUCAAGCCCUCAGUUUCACACCACUUCAGAAAUCAAACAGCGAGCGGGCUCAAGCCCACUCAAAAAUACAAACUUACAUUGCCCGUCAAAGACGGGCAGGCGACAACCUCUCGUUCAACGAAGCACUUGUUCAAAUAGAAUGCUUGUGCGACGACAAGCGAAACGUCCAGCUGGACUGGAGUGACUCAGAUUCGGACUCCGACUGGUAA